AUGUAUUUCACUGUUGCUGCUCUUCUGUCCCUUGUUGCUAUUACCUUUGCUGGUCUUAUUGAUAUGCCUCAACGUCCUAGUGUCGAGGCCGAAGCCGCACCGAUUUCCGGCCCCGACGGAAAUGUCGAAGCAUUCGACGCUGCCGCAGUAAUCAAGUCGAGGUCCGACGACGUACUCUGUGAUAUCGAAGCUGCUUUUCUAAUCGUCGAGUUUGUCUUAUGCGGUCUUCCAUCAGGCCUGUCUUACGAGCCUGCCGAGUUUUUUAUCGUUGACAAAGCGAGACUCCGCUAUAAUCUAAGCUCUUUGGAUCUCUGGGACCGCGAAGUUGCCCCACCAGAUGGGAAUAUUGACGCCCGGAAGUGUGAUCGCGAAGAACUUGACAAUGGUGGAGAUGACGAGACCGGCGUCGAGAGGUGGCGGCGGUGA